AUGGAGGACUAUGCCAAAUUCAUUGAGUUGGCUGAUUCGUUAGGGUACACUGGGGCAGAAAAGGCUAAAUGGGUUGAAAAGAAGAUAGCUGAUGCAAUUGAAAGGGAAGACAGAGCUUUAGAAAGGGAAACGUCCAAUAAGGCGAAUCACAGUCUAAAUCCUGAUCGUCCCAAGACAUCAGCAGGGAUGAGAGACAGGUCUACUAUCAAUCGGUUGAAGAUGUAUAAAAACUUCAAGCCAAAGAGAGAUCGUUCUGGUAGAAUAGUUCAACCUGCGCCUUUUCAGUCAACCCUCAAAUCUGGCACCAUGGCUAGGGUAGAGCCUAACAGAAAGUGGUUUGGUAACACAAGCGUUGUUACACAAAAUGCCUUGCAGGCCUUCAAUGAAGCGAUUAAUAAAAUAAAAGCUGACCCAUAUAAAGUUGUAAUGAACCCAACCAAGAACCCUGUAACUUUACUGAGUUACACUCCAAAAGCGGCACCAUCUCCAAGACUUUUGGAUCGUGAACCCUUUGAACAGGUGUUUGGUAAGAAAGCAACUAGGAAGAAGCCUACACUUUCUACUUAUGAUCUUGAUGAAAUGGUAAAAAAUGCAGAAACUGACCUUCAGAAGUGGGAAGAAAGUCAGAGUACAUUGGUGCCCCAAGAGGAUGGGGUGAAAAGUGAACAGUUGGAAAUUGUGUUUAAAGCUGGAACUUCUAAGAGAAUAUGGAAUGAAUUAUACAAGGUUAUUGAUUCUUCUGAUGUGAUUGUCCAAGUACUAGAUGCUAGAGAUCCUGCAGGAACAAGAUGUAGACAAGUUGAAAACUACUUGAAGAAAGAAAAGCCUCAUAAACAUUUAUUGUCACCUGUGUGA